GAACAAGGAACCGUCCUGCAAGUUAAGGGUUCCAGCUAUAUAUUCACCAGUAUAAAAGUAUAGAAACUGUUUAGUCUGUCGGUCAAAUUGUACACUUGCAUUUACUGGCCCUCGGACUCUUACGCCGUUACGGCGAGUACCAUGACCCUGACGCCUUUGCACCGCAGGAUCGGCCACCAGGUGCAUCGGGUGUCUGGCGUCUGAGUACCGGAUAUUCAGUCUCCUCCCUAUCCACGCACUUCCAUUAACAAAGGUGGGCCUAAGCGUAAGAAACUAAAAUACGCUGGUUUUAGAUCUUCAGAUGACCGAUUUGUGUCUGUUUACAGACGUAUGGCUUACAGUGACGUUAAAUCCACUGCCCAGUAAUUGAGCUAUUGAGUGCGAACAUCAAUGCGGCAUUUUAGUUACAGUAAAUGCGCUAGCUGUUUUGGUCUCCUCUAGCUUACUAACGUGAUGCAGACUUAAAGGAAUCGCGUGUCGCUUUGUGGAUCGCCUGCUGAGUAGAUCAUGAUCUCCAUGGAGCAGCUGGCUAAGCCACUCAUGAUCAGCUGAACCUUGGACGGAGCGCGUCGCCAUGCGACUCUUACGGUCUCUGCUGAGCAGCUGCUCCCUUGGGAAGCAUGUCGAUUACUACUCCAGGUUUUCCCCGUCGCCGUUGUCUAUGAAGCAGUUUUUAGAUUUCGGCUCGGAAAAUGCCUGCGAGAGGACUUCGUUUGUGUUCCUGAGACAAGAACUGCCUGUCAGACUGGCAAACAUCAUGAAGGAAAUAAACUUACUGCCGGACAAUUUAUUAAAGACACCCUCUGUUCGUUUGGUCCAGAGCUGGUAUCUGCAAAGUUUUGAUGAGAUCCUCGACUUCAAGGACAAAAAUGCCGAUGAUGACAGAGUCAUUUAUGAUUUCACGGACGCGGUGAUAAAGAUCCGGAACCGGCAUAACGACGUGGUCCCUACCAUGGCCCAGGGAGUAGUGGAGUACAAAGAGUUACACGGCAUUGACCCGGUCACCAGCCAGAACGUCCAGUACUUCCUGGAUCGUUUUUAUAUGAGCCGCAUAUCCAUUAGGAUGCUCCUGAACCAGCACACUCUGCUCUUUGGUGGGACGGUCAGGACCAACCCAGCUCACCCUAAACAAAUAGGAAGCAUUGACCCGCACUGUCGAGUCGCAGAGGUGGUGCGAGAUGCCUAUGAAAGCGCCAAGCGCCUCUGCGAUCUUUAUUAUAUGAACUCGCCGGAGCUGACGCUGGAAGAAUGCAAUGCCAAAGAAAAAGGAAGACCUGCAACAGUGGUGUACGUUCCCUCCCACCUAUACCAUAUGAUAUUCGAGCUUUUUAAGAAUGCUAUGAGGGCCACCAUGGAGCUGCAUGGCGAUGCCCUGAAUUGUCCCCCAAUCCACGUCCAGGUGGCACUUGGCAGUGAAGAUCUCACUAUAAAGGUCAAGGACCGUGGAGGGGGCGUGGCCUUAAGGAAGAUUGACAGGCUGUUCACCUACACCUAUUCCACAGCCCCCCUACCCCACACGGACACUGCCCGGGGAGUCCCUCUGGCUGGCUAUGGCUACGGCCUUCCCAUCUCUCGCUUGUAUGCCAGGUACUUCCAGGGAGACCUGAAGCUGUACUCUCUGGAAGGAUAUGGUACAGAUGCGGUCGUGUACAUCCGGGCGCUGUCCACAGAGUCGAUAGAAAGGCUUCCUGUGUACAACAGAUCUGCCUGGAGACACUACAACACGACACACGACAGUGACGAUUGGUGCACACCCAGGACGGAGCCCAAGGGCAUCACAUCAUUAUAGAGUAGGGUCCACGUCUGAGACAGAGUGUGGCGAGUAGGACAGUGAAUUUGCCUGCUGGAGGUCAUUAAUGUGGGGAAAAUUUACAGUAUUUACCCUGUAAACCUCAGGUUUUUUUGUUCUUGGAAUUAAAAUAGGUUGUAGUCGCACAAUUGAAAUGAUUGAAUUUGAUUGUUAAUGACUUCUGUUAAGCUCCUUGUCAGAUCUUCAAAAAGCUGCCUUAAAAACUACUUUUAUAAAUGUGUAGUUUUAUGCUGUGUGGUUUUUCUUUAAUGUCUAUGAAACUGUGUUUUAUUAACAAUGGUAAUUUUUCUGCCUGGUGAGCUGUUUCCAGUCAAGGCGUUGUUCUCCCUGUUAAGUGGUGGGAUGGCAGCUUCGAGAAUUAGCAGAGGACCUUCAGCAGGACUUGCAAAAAGUAUAACUUUGUACAAUAUGUAAUUGUGUUACAAAGGAUAUAGGCUGCUGUACAACUGGCACUACUAUUGAAAAGCUGGUGUUAUUGGAAAAUGCUGAUUGUUCUUGACAUGUUGCAUACUGGCCUCUAGGGGUGAAGGUCAAUGUUGGCUGAGCUGAUGCCCACCGUUACUGUGCCGUUAAGAGUAUUUAAUCCCCUCAUUUAAAAAUCAGGUGCAUGACAGCUGUUGAACUGCAGCAUGGAGGAACAUGGAAACAUCAGUUAUCUGUAGCUCAAGAGACGAGCAGUAUUGGUAGGUGGUGGAGUUUCUCUGUUCCUUUCAGUGUGAUUUAUUAAACCUCAGCGGUGGCAAAUGCA